CGGAAAGAAAAUCAGUUUCGUCUCCAUCCACCGUCAGGAUUUUCAUUGUGAGACGCUCUUUCUCCCUCCUUUCUCCUUUUCUUCAUUCCUCUCCUUUCUUCCCCUCAGGUUUACGUUUGGCCUCCUGCCCUCCCCGCUUGCCACUGUCCAAGUCACUUGUUGUCCCGGGGAGCACGGUUCACCUCACCCCUCUUUCAAGUUUCCUCCACUGACGCUGCGACACCACGAAAUCAGCGGGAGACUCAAAGGAAACCUUUGGAAUAAAGAAGACAGCCGCCCUAUCAGGAGUUGGAACUACAAUGGACUCCAUGAGGUCUCUCAACACCUCGCUACCCAGCUCAACUCCCCGCCCGCAGCCCCCUGAGCAACUAUUGCAGUCAUUCAAGACCGCCGCCCUAUCAGUGACCAACCUCUACAAAAAUGCGGUGUAUGUGGAAGCGCAGGCUAGACAGGCGGGAUAUCAGGAGGCGAUUGAAGAUCUGCUGCAUUUCCUCGACCGGGAAAACCUUGGCUUGAGUGACGGACAGGGUUGGCGGGUUCGGCAGUGGGCUACGGAACGCAGUGAUGGAACGGGGCCUACGAGCGACGAUGAUGAGGCAGAAAAGCGAACACGAAGUGCUACUCCUGCGGUUGUACGCAAAGAAUCCGAGUCCGAAGCCCCACGACAGACAACCAAGUCCGUGUCCCCGACUCGAGAAGAACAAACUGCGGCCCAGCAACCACCAUUAUCCACUCCCGCUGCCACCCCCCAACCCACUGAAACCAACGUGUUCGAUCGACCUACCAUCUUCACCUUCUCCGCGGGACCGGCCUUCCCUCAGCCCCAGGAGCAAGACUUGGAUAUGCAGAACUCAGAGACCUCGACCCCUUCAUCCCAAGAUGACGCCCCUGUAAGCGUCUCAGUUCUUUCUCGAAAUCCUCGCCAGCAAAGCCGCCACAACAACCUCUCACGCUCAAACCCUCGAACAGCCACUCGGGAAUCCCCGGUUGCGCUGGGGUCCAAACGAAAAAUCCAAUUUCCGGAUUUCUUUGAUCUUUCUGGGAUAGGGAAUAAUAGAGAUAUGUUCGGAGGCGGCAAACGAGGCCGCUUCGCCUAGAGAAUACGGGUUCGACCAUGGGACCAUUUCAUAUUCUUAUAGUUACGCAGCGGUUGAUUUGUUAUUUCUAUUCUUGGAGCAUCUAGUAGGAGUAUUGCAUAUGGUUAUCUGAUUCUUUUCCUUGUUUCUUUUUGACUUCCUUUCUGUGAACCAUGGGUUCUAUCCUGUCUUCUCUUUUUCUUUGGAUUACAAGGGGUACAUUUAUAGAGAUUAUCCGAUAUGGCGAUACCCGGUGAGGCAGUUAUUGCUUGAAUCGACGCUUGAUCAUUGAUGCAAUGCACAUACUCACAUCAUUUAUAUUCACACUGUUUUUGCACCGAAGAAAGUAAAAGUACAGGGUCUAGCCACCAUCAAGCGUAGGGAUAUCAAUUAAACGCCCGCCAAAUCCCCAUGCCAACCAAAGUGGCGGAAAUUGUUGCAAUCCCCAGCCGGCGGGAUCCCAUCUUGUAUUUCGUCGCACUCUGCAUGAUUGUUUGUUCUU